AUGAUGUUGCUUGGACGACGCCUGACGCGGCCCUCCCUUGCGCUCGUUGGCGCCAAGCGCGGUGUCGCCGCCUUCUCGAGCGCGCCGAUCCAAGCUCCACCCGGCGUCGAUGUGCAGGCGCUCACGGAGGCCAUGGCCGGGCCUGUUGUCGAGCCCAUGUGGGCCGUCCAGCUCGCGCAGAACGUCAUCGAGACCGUGCACACGACGACCGGUCUCCCAUGGUGGGCGACGUUUGCGUGCACUGCGGUCGUCGUGCGUGGGACGCUCUUCCCGUUGCUCGUGUUCCAGAUUAAGUCGAUGGAGCGCAUGGCGCAAGGCACGCGCGACCUCCAAAGCGUGUGGAAGACCUAUCUCUACGCCCGCGUCUUCUUGCCGCCUGGCAUUCCAUCGAUGCAAGUAGAUGCGGUCAAGCAGCUGCACAAGGGCGCCAAGCUGGUGUGGGAGAAGCACGAGACGCACCCGGUCGCCUGCGUCGCCGCACCGCUUGUGCAGAUCCCGUCGUUCUUCCUCAUGGCGUACAGCUGCCGCGACUUGAUUCGGUCGGGGUCUGUCGCGGGCUUGGACACCGGCGGCUUGGGCAUGUACACCAACCUCUUGGAGGCCGACCCGACGUUUCUCUUGCCGGCGCUCGCUGUCGGGUCGACGUAUCUCAAUUUUGAGCUCAUGGGCCACUCGAAGAUCAAGGCGUUCGACUGGCUCAAGUCCAAGAUUCAGUACAUUCCACUGCUUUCAUUUCCGUUCAUUUGCCAGUUGCCGCAGGGCGUCUUCUUCUACUGGCUCGCGUCAUCUUGGUUUUCACUAGCCCAGUCCCGUCUCCUCAAGGUCCCCGCGCUUCGUGCGACGCUCGGACUCAAGGAGAUCCCGUCGGCGGCCGCGACGCUCUCCAAGACGCUGCAAGAUGCUGCGACCAAGGCGCCCAAGUAG